AUCAAUUAUAAGAUAUUAUAAAGCUUCAUUCAUCAUAUCAUAUUCUUCAUUGAAGAGAAGAAAAAAAAAAUGGGUGAGACAAACAGUGGUAGCAAAAGCAGAUGGUGUCUGCAGGGGAUGACAGCUCUGGUCACCGGUGGAUCCAAAGGAAUCGGAUAUGCUAUCGUGGAGGAGUUGGCACAACUUGGGGCAACUGUACACACUUGUGCUCGAAACGAGGUUGAACUCAGUGAAUCCUUGAAGGAAUGGAGCACAAAAGGAUACAGAGUAACCGGUUCGGUCUGUGACGUGGCCUCUCCUGUAGAAAGAGAAGAACUCAUAGCUCGAGUCUCAUCUCAGUUCAAUGGAAAACUCAAUAUCCUUGUAAAUAAUGUUGGAACAAACAUACAGAAACAGACCCUGGAUUUCACAGCGGAGGAUUUCGCAUUUCUGAUGAAUACGAAUCUUGAAUCUGGUUUCCACUUAAGCCAGAUUGCACAUCCUCUCCUAAAAGCUUCAGAAGCUGCAAGUAUCAUUUUCAUAUCCUCCAUUGCUGGUGUUAUGGCUAUAAAGUUAGCAUCCGUUAUUUAUGGUGCAACAAAAGGAGCAAUGAACCAAAUGACAAAAAAUUUGGCAUGUGAAUGGGCGAAAGAUAACAUAAGGACUAAUUGUAUUGCACCAGGGCCAAUUAGAACCCCUCUUCUGGAAAAGCACUCUAAAGAGGAAACAGUUAUGAAUGCUGUAAUUUGUCAAACCCCUCUGGGACGGAUCGGAGAGGCAGAGGAGGUGUCUUCGUUGGUGGCAUUUCUGUGCUUGCCUGCAGCAUCAUAUAUUACAGGACAGACCAUUUGUGUCGAUGGCGGCUUCACUGUAAACGGCCUCAAUACGUUGUAGCCUCGUUUCGACAUUUUCUGUGUUAUGUCAGUUACACUCUGAUUAUAUUGCUUUGUGUGUCAUUAAGAAUAAAUUAACAGUACUUUCCUAAGUUCGGUUUAUGGGAAGAAGAUCUUUAUAUAUAAGCUUUUCCUUGUAAA